AUGGAUGUGAUGAUGAAGGGAGCUUCGCUUGCUGCGCUUGGUAAUUUCACAACCAGCCAUUUCACCCAGGAGGGUGCCGGUAUCCCCAGGGGAGACGCCGAUCCGGCUUCGGCUCGUGUUGCGGCUGUUGACAUGGCCUGGGCUGGUGGGAUUAAUCAGUACGUUAAGAUUCUGGAAGACUGGGGCGAGACGAAGGUCUUGGAAUUCGUACUCCUUGAUCUCCCCGCAUCUUCUGCAGCAUUUUGA